AUGCCGGUUCCCUCUUGCCGGAGGCCUUUGCACACGGUACACUGGCCCAUAGGUAUGACCCAAGCAGCCAGGGCACAGUUUCCUUGGCGCCUGUGCCUCUCAGGGAUGCUGCUGCAGCUGCUGGUGGCUUUGUGUUUCUUUUUCUACACCCAGGUAUCCCUUGACCAAACUGGCCCUCCAGCUCCCCGUAGCACCCCAGGGCCCCGGCCUCUCCUCAUCUUACUGUGGACCUGGCCCUUCCACCGGCCAGUGGCUCUGUCUCCCUGCUCCAAGAUCCUCCCAGGCACGGCCGACUGUCAGCUGACCACCAACCAGAGUGUGUACCCCCAAGCAGAUGUGGUCAUCAUCCACCACCGAGAAGUCAGCACCCAUCCCAGGUCUCAGCUGCCACCUCAGCCGAGGCCACCGGGCCAGACCUGGGUGUGGUUCAGCAUGGAGUCUCCCAGCCACUGCCCCAGCCUGUCAGCCCUGGAUGGUUACUUCAACCUGACCAUGUCCUAUCGCAGCGACUCUGACAUCUUCACGCCCUAUGGCUGGCUGGAGCCAUGGCUGGAGCCUCCGCUCCAAACCCAAGUCAACCUCUCUGCCAAGACUGACCUGGUAGCCUGGGUCGUGUCCAACUGGAAUUCCACGUCAGUCCGGGUGUUGUACUACCAGAAGCUUCGGAGUCACCUCCAGGUGCAUGUAUAUGGACAAGGACAUAUGCAGCUUUCCAAAGAGGACAUGUUGGAGACGCUGGCCAGAUACAAGUUUUAUCUGGCGUUUGAGAACUCCCUCCACCGGGAUUACAUCACGGAGAAGCUGUGGAAGAAUGCCCUGGAAGCCUGGGCCGUGCCUGUGGUCCUGGGACCAAGCAGGAAAAACUAUGAACGCUUCCUUCCCCCUGAUGCCUUCAUUCAUGUGGAUGACUUCGAGAGCCCGGUGGACCUGGCUCGGUACCUGCAGAAGCUAGGCAGCGACAGCCUGGGCUACCAGCGCUACUUCCGCUGGAGGGAGACUCUCAGGCCUCGCUUGUGGAGCAUGGGCCUGGCAUUCUGCAAGGCAUGCAGGGAGCUGCAAUGGAACCGGAAGUAUCAGACAGUCCCCAGUGUGGCCUCUUGGUUCCAGUGAUGCAGCCAGCCAGGGACUGACAGUCAGGAGUGUCCUGCCCAUAAGUCAUAGUCUGGAGCCCCUCUGUGUCACCUCCUGGAGACACCUCCUUUAUCUGGGACCCCUAGUUGGGCAUCUCAGUUGCUCAGAGCCUUGGCUCUGGGACCUUUACCUAGAACUCUGCCCAUGAGGGAUGUGAGUAGCCAGAACCUUGAGACACAUCAAAGGAGCUUGCUCCUGACACACCCUGCCCAUGGUCCUCUUA